AUGGAUCCUUCCAUUGCUGCGGCGGCCGCUGCCGGUGACCUGUCCGCCCAAGUCGCGCUGUAUCAAUUCCGGAUAGCCUUUGCCAAUGCCGUCAUCAAAUCAGCGGUCCCUUACAUCGCAGCGUUCGGCUUCUUCGUUGGGGAUUGGAGCUACUCUAUCUUUGCCGAGAUCGAAAUGUUGCUAGCGCCCUUCCGGGCGAUCACUUUUGCCUACUUUGCCGUCAGGAUCAGCACCCUGUCCGCAUUCGUGCUCUAUCUGCUGCAACUCUUCGCUGGUGAUCACCCAGCUAUCAAUUGCGCCGCAGUCUUCAAGUCAAUAGCUGCGCUGGCCAUGAUUUCUGCGGCCGGAUCCUACUCCAUCCUCGCUCUUCGUGCACAAGCUCUUUUGAUGGGCAGGAAAGGCUUGACCAUGACAGUCUGGACAGCUUGCAUUCUGACCUCAUUGUGAGCAUUCCUCUUCAAAAUUGCAUCCUUGGAAAGGUCCGCAGACUUAUCGUCCUCGCAGCUCCCACAUCAUCUUCUUGGCAACCUAUACGUCCCAACAGCCAGACGUCGGCGGGUGAGUCCUUCGUCGUCAGCUGUGUAAUCAAUGAUCUUGCAGCCCCUAACAUGCUUUUGUACGUCCAUCAGCGUCACUGCAUGCCCCGUCACACCCACCUACGAGAGACUUUCCUCUUUAGUCUACUUUAUGGCCUUCUUUUACGAUCUCGGCAUGAGUUGCCUCAUGCUGUGGCUUUUGCACGGCGACGGAGGAAGCAUCGGCGGAUCUCACAGACCCGUUCGCGAGUAAGUGCUGAUGGGCGGUGUAUGAGGAUGAUGAAGCUCGUCACUGAGACACAAGCCCUGCGCUCAGUUCCUUGCUCCAAAGCACCGCCAGCUAUUUCGCCGUGAUGGUGCUGACAUCACUAAGCUGCGCGAUGCUGCUAGCGAUCCCGCCCGACGGCUAUCCCUCGUUCGUCAGGUGCGUGCGGUACCGUGCUGCUCUUCCUCGCCCAGGAACAGAUGCUGACCUCCCGCACCCGGCGCGCUUGCUUGCAGAGACCAAUUGAUCCCCAUUCACACCGUCCUCACUUCAACAAUGGCCUGUCGUAUCGUACGAUCCUUGCGAGCCGCAUCAGCACACGACAAAGUGCUGCGAGGCACAGCAACACUGUCGUCGAACGAGACUCUGCCUCAUCGCAGCUAUCCGCUGGCUCUGCAGACCUCGCGCGAUCGCAGCAAAACGCCAGACGAGGAAGCGCGGACCAGUCCCUACAACAGGACACCAGGCAUGGACGAUGCGCAGUGCGACACGCCACCAUCUCGUCCCAUCUUGCCGGUCCCUUCCACGAACCCGGCCAGGAACGUCAUGUCGGCUUUUGCGCGAGAGAACCGACAGACGGCGACCAAUGGCACAAACGCAUCGGCCAUGGAAGUCCUGAGGACUUUUGGCACCGUCGAAGAAGAGGAGAUGCGCAAUCGCGUCGACAGGACAUGGGACAAUCCCGAAGCUGGCCUGCGCAUCUCUCGCUCCUCCUACAUCAGCCAAUCUGGAUCUCCUCUGGCGCAGGACGACGGUAACCAUACAGAAGAGAUGCGUUGA